CUACGGCUCUCCCCAACACGCUGCAGAUGGAUUUAUAUGAACAUUAAAUAUCCUUAGAAGUAUUACGGAGCGCUUUCCUCGCAGCAACAGCUGAUCGAAGCUUUAAUAAGCAUUAAGAAUAAUGAAGUCCUCUCUGCAUUUAGAGGAAGAUGACUUUGUACCAGAGCUGCCGCGAAGCAUCCAUCCCCGUGAGAGACCGGAUUGGGAGGAGACCAUCAGUGCGAUGGCUCGAGGAGCAGACAUCCCCGUUCCUGGAGAGCUCCCGAUCGGCGCAGAGAUCCCGCUGCGCCCGUGCACCAGCACCGCCAGCAUGAAGGUCAAGCAUGUGAAAAAGUUAUCUUUUACCAAGGGACAUUUCCCGAAGCUCGCAGAAUGUGCCCACUUCCACUACGAGAACGUCGAUUUCGGCAGCAUACAGCUGACACUCGCAGACGAACAGAAUGAAGUGAGCAGGAACGGCUGUGAAUCGAACGAGCUCGUCUUCCUGGUGCUGGUCGCUUGUCAGGGACGCAGCUGGAUUGUUAAGCGGAGUUAUGAAGAUUUCCGGGUUCUGGACAAACAUCUCCAUCUGUGUAUUUAUGACCGGCGCUUCUCUCAGCUCUCAGAGCUGCCCCGUGCCGACUCCGUGAAGGACAGUCCGGAGCUGGUCACACAGAUGCUGAUGGCUUACCUGUCCCGACUCUCAGCCAUUGCCGGGAACAAGAUCAAUUGCGGACCAGCCCUGACGUGGAUGGAGAUCGAUAACAAAGGGAACCACUUGCUCGUACAUGAAGAGUCCUCCAUCAACGUCCCGGCCAUUGCUGCUGCCCACGUCAUAAAGCGGUACAACGCUCAGGCCCCAGAUGAACUGUCGUUCGAGGUGGGAGACAUUGUAUCAGUUAUUGACAUGCCGCCAAAGGAGCUGACCACUUGGUGGAGGGGGAAACAUGGAUUCCAGGUGGGAUUCUUCCCCAGUGAGUGUGUGGAGUUAAUCAACGAUAAAGUCCCCCAGUCAAUGACAAACUCCGUUCCCAAGCCAGUCUCCCCUGCGCACGGAAUGAGGCCGGCUUCCUGGAGCUACUUCCCCCCCUAUUUGGAGAUGGAUAGUGUGGGGCCAGCGUGCCUUUCUCAGAGUUACUCGCAGCCCUCCUCAGUGUCCAGAAAACACGGCAAACUCAUAACCUUCCUGAGAACCUUCAUGAAGUCCCGGCCCAGUAAACAGAAGCUGAAGCAGCGGGGAAUCCUGAGGGAGCGAGUGUUCGGCUGCGAUCUUGGGGAGCACCUGCUUAAUUCCGGACAGGAUGUUCCCCAGGUCCUCAGGAGCUGCACCGAGUUCAUCGAGAAGCACGGCAUUGUGGAUGGAAUCUACCGGCUGUCAGGGAUUGCAUCCAACAUCCAGAAACUACGCCACGAGUUCGACUCGGAGCAGAUCCCAGACCUGACUAAAGACGUGUAUAUCCAGGACAUUCACUGUGUCGGCUCUCUGUGUAAACUCUACUUCCGCGAACUCCCAAACCCUCUCCUGACCUAUCAGCUCUAUGAGAAAUUCUCUGAUGCUGUCUCUGCUGCAACAGAUGAGGAACGACUAGUAAAGAUCCAUGAUGUCAUCCAACAGCUGCCUCCACCUCAUUACAGGACUCUGGAAUUUCUUAUGCGCCAUUUAUCCCGACUUGCAACGUACUGUUCCAUGACCAACAUGCACACCAAGAACCUGGCCAUCGUCUGGGCGCCCAACCUGCUCCGGUAUGGGACCAUUACUUCCCGGUCAAAACAGAUUGAAUCAGCGUGUUUCAGCGGCACCGCAGCAUUCAUGGAGGUGCGGAUACAGUCCGUGGUGGUGGAAUUCAUCCUGAACCAUGUAGAGGUUCUAUUCAGUCCCAAACUCAGCGCCGUGAUCCGGGAUGGUGCUGGUAUGUAUCAGCAAGGUCACACGUCUCUCUCCCGUCCAAAGUCUCUUCUGGUUUCUUCACCAUCAACAAAGUUACUCAGCCUGGAGGAGGCUCAGGCACGGACGCAGGCCCAAAUUAACUCUCCAAUAGUGACUGACAGCAAGUACAUUGAGGUGGGAGAGGGGCCGGCAGCCCUGCAGGGAAAGUUCCACACGGUAAUAGAUUUUCCAGCUGAAAGAAAAAGACCACCCAACAAAAUGAAGAAGUCCCCUGUUGGCAGCUGGCGUUCCUUUUUUAACCUGGGCAAAUCCUCCUCUUCCUCAUCCAUGUCAAAGAGGAAGCUUCAGCGCAAUCCAAGUGAGCCGCUGGAAAUGAAGGCCUUAGCAGGAGGAAGAGGAGACACAAGCACCAUGCGCUCAGCCAAGAGCGAGGAGUCUCUUAGUUCCCUGCAUGCAGCGGAGGGGGAAUCCAAGUUAUUUCGCCCUCGGCGUCCUCGUUCAAGCAGUGAUGCUCUUUCUGCCUCGUAUAACGGGGAUCUUCUAGAUGGCUGCAAUCGCUGCAACUCCUAUGAUAAUCUGCCCCAGGACCAAGAUAGCGAUGGUGACGAGGGGCUGAUUCACAUUCCUGCAAUGCUGUCCACACGUUGCCAUGAUGAUGAAGAUCUGAGUCCACCAGACAUCGGCAUGGCCAGCUUGGACUUCGACCCCAUGUCCUUCCAAUGCAGCCCACCCCAGCUGGAAUGUGAAGGACCAGAUAUCACCAACUCAUUCCAUGUGGACGCCGCUGCAAGUAACCACAAAGACAGAACGCAAAAGGGAGCUCAAACUCCAGGCAGUGCCUCCGGCUCGGAACCCAUGUCUCCCUUCCAAGAAAAGAUUCUGAGUCCCUUCCUAACCCCUGACCGCAGUCCUAGUGGGGAGAAGGUCCCAAAGCCCCCAUCCUUUGCAGAAAAAGUAGUCCAUGCCUUUUCGCCUAAAGUAGGCCGUAAAGUGGUUCGUUGUCCAGUGACCAUCUCUGAUCCGGUCACAAUCUCGCUGCCUAGCAGGGUAUCUGAAAUGAUUGGGAGCAUGCAAAGCACAAUCGGGGCUACCCAUACACUGGCUUGGUGCAAGGAUGGGCGUCCCAAGGAAGCUGGGUCUGGACAAAAUACUACAUGCAGACUGGAGGAUACUGCCAUGCUCCCUGCCCCAGCUGUAGCAGAGUCCGCUGGAUCCUCUGAGCCUCCCUUGGUAUUGCAUUGGAGCCCCAGUGGCCCAGAGACUGAGGAUAAUGCACAAAUCAUCUCGCCAGCUUCAUCACAAGCUGCACAUAUCACUGAACUGGAAUAUACAGAUCACAGCAACCAGGAGUUCCAUACUAGGAACACAGCUGGAUCAUCUCAAAGGGACGAGACAGAAGUCCUGCAAUUAGAAGAAAACAAGCCAGCCCCCACUGUACCUACCCCUCCAGGAGCAUUUGCUGAAGAAUCUCCUCAAGAACCGGCCCCUGUUCCUAGUGUUUCAUUAAUCCCCCCUCCGCCGCCACCAAAAAAUGCUGCCCGUAUGCUUGCAUUAGCAUUGGCAGAAUCUGCUCAACAGGCGUCUUCACAAAAGAGACCUCCAUAUCUCCAGUUUAUGGAUUUUCCCUUACCUCCCCCUCCAGAGGAACUUCCGCCCCCUGAGAGCCCCCCACAAAAAAUGUCCCCCACACCAGCUGUCCCACUGCCUGUCACAUGGGAGACCAGUCCUGCUCUGGAGUCCCAAAAGACAUCACCAGCUACAACACCCAGCACUGCCUCCUCCUUUUCCAUCACCACCAUCCACUACAGCCCCGUGAGCAGCCAGAAUCCACUAACAGGACUGACACCAGGCCUCAGUCCUUCGAGCCAGGUUGCUGUAUCUAUUCCACCUGAUGAGAAUCAACCUGCUGGGUCCAAUGAACACAGUACCACCUUACCGAGUGAAUGUUUCCCUGCGGUGGUUCCGGACCAAGCAAAGGACAGCUCAAGGACGCCACAGCUCCACCACCGGUCAGAGUCCUUUCUUGCACAGGCCACAUACAGCUCUGCACCACCAGUUCCACCGGUCAGGACCAUGGAGAGUCGGCUGGCCACUGCCCUCCACUCAAACUACAACGACACCAUCACAGCCAACAAUUACCACUCACUGUUGAGUACAAUGAUGCUGCCGUCAUCUUUGGAAGAUGCCUUCCCCAGACACAAUUCAGCUCACAUUCAGUCUGAGAGCAUGUUGGAACAAGCUCCUAACUACAGACAUCCUUAUCCCUCCCAGGCCAAGCCGGAGGAUAUAGCUGAAACGGGAGAUACAUACAGACACCCCUAUCCCUAUCCCUCCUCUGGAAAGUCUGAAACAACUGAGCCUGUAACCAGUUAUCGGCACCCAUACCCCCCACCCCAGCCUGAAGCCGAGUCUCUGAAUGAGCCUUUAGAUUAUUUCCUGCAACACAAAACAGUUGUCUCCAAGUCAUACCGGGCAGACAGUGUCCCAUCACACAUACCCCCUCCAUCCUAUGGUUCUCGCUGUGAAACACCCCCCACAAGUUCUUCUCUCUAUGGCACCUACAUUAACCCUGUUAAGCACUCGCGUACAAGGAGUAGGCCUGAUUACAUGUCGUCUGUCAGCUCAGGCACGCGCAGUUUUUCAGAGGAAGCACCUCCCUAUCCUACUAUCAGACGGGUGCAGUCUCUCCAUGUGCCUAUGCAACCUCCUCCACCUCCCAUACGCGCUGUCCCUAUAUCAAGAACAGAAGUGCCACCAGACGACGAGCCGACAUACUGCCCGCGGCCUCUGUAUCAGUACAAACCAUGUCCCACCUUCAGUCCUCAGUCUGACUAUCAUGUCACCCAGCUGCAGCCUUACUUUGAGAAUGGGAGGGUCCAUUACCGUUAUAGCCCCUAUACGGGAAGCACUACUUAUUACUCUUCAGAUGGCACUUUCUAUGACAUGGAUCCAUACAGUACCUUACGUUUGCGUCAACUUCACCUCUAUCCAAGCCGUGACUUUGCUUCUUACACUACAAGAGUUCAGCCUAAAGGUACUUACAGAUCACAAGGACUGGCUCCGUACCCCAGAGGCACUCUGAGGGAGCACAAUUUCAUCAGUAGAGAUGUCCCUCCUGCACUGCCCCCUGAUCAUCCUCGUCCGCUUCAUAUCUCAUGGGACAUGGAGGAUAUGGACCGUUACAGGCUGCAGUCUCUGAGGCGAGAGAAUAGGACACGGCAGAGAACCAAGGGACCAGUAAUGUCUCAGUACGAUAAUGUUAACCCAUCGCUAGUUGAAGAUAUAGCAGGGAUGGAUGUGAUCCACCUGCGAAGCCGGUCAGAUCCUGGCAAGACUCCUGGCCUCUUGAGUGUGGCUGACACAAAGGAUACCCGCUAUUCUGGGCGAGGCGAGAGCGAUGAACGAGCAGCACAUCAUCUUGCUUAUGGAAAUGGGCACCAGGACAAACCAUCACUCCCACAGAAACAGAGUGGAGCAGGCAGAAGCAGACUUCAGCAUGACUCCGAGCACCGGUCUCACACAGACCCUGGGCACAGGCAACAUACAGAUGGAAGGAAUGGUCCCCCGUGCCCACCUGUGGAUUAUAGUUCCAAAAAUAUGCCAAACACCUCAGAAUCUACAUCACAUCACUCCUCUACCAACAAGUAUCCUGUGGCCCUGCAGGAACCCACAAGACUCAACCACAGAGAUCUGAGGCACUCUGGGGAAGUGGAGCGACCACUUACUAGACCUGAUCACCCACAUCGCGAAGGUUACAGAGAAGAGGCAGCUACUUUUGUCUCUGCUGCACCACCACCUAAGCCGGAAAGGAGCCAUAGCCUCCGGGGCCAUAACCCAGAAGCUUUAGAUAGAGACCCUGGUAUCUUCUAUCCUUAUCAAACUCUGCACGGCAAGAGGAAUAACUCUAGUACUGCACUGCCCCAAUAUGAUAACAUAGGCGACUACCAUUCCUUCCCCCACCAUCGAUCCACUAGCCAUUCUAACCCAAAUGCCUUCCCUCUUCCACACGGACGAACCUAUGCGACUGCCCUGGGCCAAGGAGCCUUUCUAGCUGCUGAGCUGUCCCUGCAGAGGCCCGAGACAAAAAUUCAUGCAGAAUGAGGUGCUGUCUGCACCAGAAAGGCUUAGAGAGCUGUAGGAAUGGGAGUGUUAUCGACGAAAAGAGGACUUCAUUCUUAUUAGGCAGACCUCUGCUGGACAGCGGACUGUUUUAUUUUUCCAAAAGACAAACAUAUAAAAAAAAAAAGAAAAAACAAGACGCAACACAAAUUAACUGUGAUACAUGUACACAUCUAGCAAUAUACAUGGACACUGAUAUAGCCACAUGUUCCUUCUUGUUAGAUCUGUUUUAUGUUGUAAUCAGUGAGGUCAUAAUCCUGUACAAUUACCCCUCUUGGUGUCCUUCCUAAAUGUGAUAGAACUCACCAAGAAAUAAAAGGACUCCUAUUUAAUUGGGUUUUUGUAUGUAUGCAAACAAAAAGCUUUCCUCUACUAUCCUUCCAGCCCCGUGCUUCCUGUUGGUUUUAGUGUUACCAAAAAAAAAUCCAAGUCGUUAUAAGUGGUGUAAAAAGAAAUAUGUACCAUGAAUAAUCUGAAUUCUCCUAAUAUGAUCCCAUUAUUAGUGUGGUUCUCAGAACAUAUUGUGCCUAUAUCUUGGAAAAAUGUCAGAUAUGAGCAGGGGGGGUAUCACAUUUGAUUAUUUACUACAACCACUUGCAGGAAAAUAUUCAACACUGAACUCAUGUUAUAAACCAUCACACAGUAGUAAUGGUGAUAUGUUUUAUUAAAUACACGUGGAGA